UGUUGGUUAUCGUGGAUAGUCUAAAAGUCGCACGUCUUUAUUCAAGUCAAUACCUCCGGUCAGUACACGUCGAUAUAUUGAACGAAUAUCAACAUUGUGCUCUUCGCAAAAUUAUGCUUAAAGGCAGACGACUUGAGUGAAUUGUGACGAAACAAGUGUUAUAAGAAAUAAGAAAUUAAAAAAAAAAUCAAAAUUGAUGAAUACCAAGUGCUAGGUCGUUCAAUGAUAACGUAAAUGAGAUUUUAAUGAAUUAAUAUUUACUUCGGCCGCCACAGAUUGUCAGUGUUAAAAAUAUAAUUAUGUGGAUCUACAAUACGUUUGCAGCUUUAGCAGUACUGGCCUCAGCCGUACCGAUUCGAGCAGCAAAUCAUGCCGUGAAUAUCGACUCAAUUUACUUCCCCGAUGAUAGCGUCAUCAGUAUCAGUAAACGACAAGUCAAUAAAAAUUUGAAUUUAGUAUACCAAAACCACGAUCGCAUUGUAGAAAAUAGACAUUCAGUUGCUAGUCAACGCCAACAACCACAAUCAUUCAAUCCUCCAGCACGAAUUCCAAUACCAACUUCUCCAUCGUCCCAAUUAAUCCCAACGACAUUACAAUCCUCCCAAUCGUACAACUAUGAUCCGAUUACAGAUUUUGCGUGGAGCACUUUUAAGGGCUCGAAAAUAUCCAAUCCAAUUGGUAACUUAAUUCUGUGUCCUCUUCUGGUCCAACUGAUUCUAUCACAAAUUGAAGUAGCUGCUGUUGGUAACACUAAAGAUGAGAUUAGAACUGUUAUUCGGAACGUCGAUCCGAAGUUACUCGCUCGCUUGGUUUAUGGCAUAAAAUCGACCAAAUUUCGCAACGAAAUCAAUUUAGCGUCGGCCAUAUUCAGUUCUAGGAACAUGGGUUUAAACGCCACAUUCGUUCAAGAGUCCAGAUCUCGAGACGUUAGCAUACAGCCGGUAGACUUCGGCAACACAAACGAGGCCCUGUACAUAAUAAACAAUUGGAUUUCCGCUGCAACAAAGAAUCACAUCCGGAAUCUGUUCAAACCGGAUCAUUUGUAUGGAUUGAAAGUGUUGCUGACGAAUACGAUGUACUUCCGCGGUAUAUGGAAAACUGCGUUCAACGAAUCGCAGACUACUUUCGACCGUUUCGAUACAACCGACAAAUUGAACAGAGGCAUCGCAUUUAUGAAUAAAGUUGAAAAACUGCGAGGAAGUGAAUUUGAAUCUGGCGGUGGGGCGAAAGGUACUUGGAUCGAACUGCCGUAUGAGGGAAACGAGUUCUCUAUGGUGCUGAUAUUACCCGAAAUAAGACACACUCUGGACCACCUAAUUCGUCAGCUUACAUCAGCUGAUAUAGCGAAUAUCAUCGGUCAAUUAGAAGAACCGUAUAAGAGAUUGGUUUACCUUAAGAUGCCGAAAUUUUCGAUUCAAUCGUCGUUUUCGCUAACCAACGUUCUACUGAAGAUGGGACUGGUAAACCUGUUCACCACACAAUCUCAAUUGCCAUAUUUAACCAACAAUCACGAACCAGUCGCGGUUAGUGAUGUACUUCAGCACACCGUACUCAAUGUGGACGAAUAUGGUAGCGUAGCAACGGCAGCGACAUUGUUAUCCGUUGUGACAUUGAGUCUGGAUGGAAUGCCACGGGAACUGGUAUUUGUCGCUAAUCAACCAUUUCUGGCGAUUAUUGUGGACAAGCGAUCGAGGGUUCCGUUAUUUGUGGCGAAAAUUUUCGAUCCCUGAGGUGAAGAUUGUUUGUUUUGUUUGUUUUGUUGGUUGUGAUAAAUAAACUUGGAAGAGAGGGAGUAAGCGGCAAAAA